AUGAUAUCAUCAACUAUCGCCCAAUCUGGUUACUAUCUGUCAUCUACCAAGCUACUUACAAAAGUUGUCCUUAAUAGGAUUAAAAAAGUGUUGAAUGAAGGACAGCCAAGCGAGCAGGCGGAAUUUCGAAAUGGAUUCAGCACGAUUGACAACAUUCACACUGUUUCGAAACUCACUGACACAGGGUACAAGAUGCCGCUAUGUCUCCCCUUCAUCGGCAUGAGGAAGGCCUUCGUCUCAGCUGAGAAGGAAGCGGUCCUUUAA